ACCAUGAGCGAAGAGGGAGGUAACAAGGACAGUCAAGUGGAUUCCACGUCGUUUGCUAGUAUUUUAGCUGGUGUACAGCGUAUGAGAGAGCAAUAUGAGCCCUCAGCUUUGGAAACUCAGGUGCCACAGCAAUCCAAUACUCGAAUCACAUCUACAAAUACUGAUUCAAUAUCAGUUACAACAACAAGGCCUACUAAUAUAAGUACUACUGGACCAAAACUGAAUCGAGACUUUCUAAGAGCAACGUUAAGUGAAACUACUGGAAAUCCAAUAUCUCCAAUAUCUGCAUCGAGAUCUCCAACACCAGGAGGCCAAACUACAGUCAGGAAUUCUCGGCUGGCUGGUAAUGUUACUAAGACAGCUAAAGUGUUGGUAGGACCAUCGCAAAAAGGUAAUCCAUUAUUUACUGACUCACUUCUUAAAACAGUUGGAUAUGAAUUCGAUAAAGAAAUACUAUGUGAUUACUUUAUAAAUCCAACGUUUCAAAUAUUAUUCUUAUCAAUUAAGUAUCAUAAACUUAAACCAGAAUAUCUAUGGCUGAGAGUUAAGAGAUUAAAUCGAGGAUCUUCAAGUGCUAAUACGCGUAAUGAUAGAGCAUUAAGGAUAUUAUUAGUGGUAGUAGAUAUAGAAAGUCCUCAAGAUCAAAUCCGAAAUUUAACCGAUUUUGCUAUAAAACAUGAUUUGUCUAUGGUAUUAGCAUGGUCAUUUGAAGAAGCUGGAAAUUAUAUUGCUUUCUCAAAACAAUUAGAUAAUGCUCCAGCUCGUACUAAACAAGGUAUACAAGGGAUAAGAGGUACUGAUUAUAAAUCAUGUGUAGUUGAAGCAUUUACUGGGAUUAGAUCAGUGAAUAAAACAGAUGUAUCUAAUUUGUUAGCUAAUUAUGGAUCGGUAAAAGAAAUAGUUACUAAAAGUUGUAAUAGUGAUAAUAUAACCAAUAUUUCUGGAAUGGGGGCCACCAAGAUAAGGAAUCUUAAAACUAUAUUUCUGGAACCUUUUAUUUACAAUAAGCAUUAUGAACCAUUAGAUGAAUAAUGUAUUCUAUUAAUAUAUA